AUGAUGCUGUCAAAGAGAGUCUUACACACGUCAUUUGGCUUGGCAAAGAGCCAGAUUGUGAAGUCGAAUGGGCCAGCCCUACUGAUUGGACUUCGCAGUUUUGCUACAACUCCAAGAUCAGCCAAAACGGGUGAUCCAAAUGUUGAAGACGACAACAUUCUUCCUACUCCCUGGGAAACAAUUUUCGAUCGCGCGUCGCAAAUUUUUUUCAUCUCUGAAAUUGCGAGAGCCAUGACGAUGGCUCUGGAAAUCGGUUUGAAGCCAAAGGUUACAAUCAAUUAUCCUUUCGAGCACGGAUAUUUGAGUCCACGAUUCCGAGGAGAACACGCACUUAGACGAUACCCAACUGGAGAUGAACGUUGCAUUUCUUGCAAGCUUUGCGAGGCAAUUUGUCCAGCACAAGCCAUUACUAUCGAAGCCGAGACUCGUGAAGACGGUGCUCGUCGAACCACCCGCUAUGAUAUCGAUAUGACAAAAUGUAUUUAUUGUGGAUUCUGCCAGGAGGCGUGCCCAGUCGAUGCUAUUGUUGAGGGUCCAAACUUUGAAUUUGCCACCGAAACGCACGAAGAGCUUCUUUACGAUAAGGAAAAGCUUCUUUCAAAUGGUGACAAAUGGGAAAAGCAAAUCGCCAAGAACCUGAUGAACGAGUUCCUCUAUCGUUAA